AUGUCCAGGCAGAUGGGCGACCAGGCCGACUUUGCUGCCCCCGUCCCAGCAGCCCCUCCCGUCCACACACCGGCAACAACACUGCGUGCACCAGCACUCGCCCACCAGACUCCCGACGUGUCCAAGUCCAUCCUCCGCCGCUCCUUCUCUACGCCCGCUCUCAAGUACCCCCACCUCUCUUACCCUCCCUCCUCAGUCCUCUCUGCCGCGUCCUACAACUCGGAAAUGACAGAGGGCAUCACCCGCUACUCGCCAGACAAUACCCCUCGCUCAAGCGCGUCGCGUCCGCAGGGCAGUGGCGCCGCUCACGCGCGUCAGCAUCCUCCUACGUUCGACUCCCCCACGCCCCACAACGUGCAUUACAACUCGUCCGUGCGGAUGGAUGGUAUAUCUGGGGCAGGGGCCAUCGAGAUGGGCGAGCUUUCAGGCAUCCAGCCGCCUGCGACGUUCCCACUGACCGAAUACCCUUACGGGUAUACGCGUCAGGAUCCCGUGCCUCCAGAGGAUGGCGACGAGCUCAACAACCGCUACGCGUACGAAGCCAAUGGUAGCUCGCGAAAGAAGGCUGGCGCACCAUCUUGUAACCCCUGGGACUAUCUUGUCGGGGACCACGUGCCAGAGUUGCUGGACAAUAACCUCGUGGCGCGUAGCGGUGCCGCCAGGUAUGGCGUCGAGGCCAAGCACGGAUGUAAAGUCAGGAGGAGAUUUACCAAGAGGGAGCUGGAGGCCUUGGAGGUGCUUUGGAGUAUCGCCAAAAGCCCUAGCAAGUACGAAAGGCAGAGACUAGGCGCCUGGUUGGGUGUCAAGACCAAACACAUCACUGUCUGGUUCCAAAAUCGCCGGCAGGAGGAGAAGCGUUACACGCGCGGCGAUCAACAAGAACAUGGCAACACGUCGAGAGCCAACCGCGGCACUUUCGACCCCGUCACUGGCAAAUGGCGACCCGUUCCCGCCUCUUGUAUCUCUGGUUUGGAGCCCCCACCAGAGGACAAGAUAUCCGUCGUUCGUGCCAUCAGCGUCGGUGAGGUGACGCGUGAGACGUGGUUGGCCCGAUACCCCUCUGCUACUGGAGGCGGUCCCACCGCAGCUCCUCAGAGCUCCAUGACUGGCUCCCCAUCCAGCGCAUCCUCCAAAAGAGGAACGAAACGACCCGCUCAGCUCUUGUCCGCGCGACUCUCUGGACAAUCUCUGGACGAGGUGCUCCAGGCGCGUGAAAGUGGGUUUGGGUUGGGUGCCGACAAGCGUUAUCGUCGUGGCUCCAAGGGUGCUGCCAUCGAGGGUGAAGGCCAAGAGCGGAACGACAGGAUCCUCUCGCUCAUGCCAAGCGAUCCUCCUAGCAUGGGUCUCACAGAGAUGGACCCUGAAGAGAGCGAUGGAGAUGAUGGGGGUGUGGAUGUGGAGGCGUUGGAGAGAAGAAAGAGGGCGAGGACGCUGAAUGGUCUUGGAAGGGCCACCUCUUUCGACCUGUUUGCUUCUAGCUCUCGGGCCAAGCAGCUUGCCAAGCCGUCUAAAGAGCAAGGCCACGUACUGGGUCAAAUCAACCCAAACCUUUCUAUCAGACCGUCAGCAUCUACCGCUGCUCUGAAGAAACCCACUUUGGAGAGCAUCGCGUCCAGUCAGGCCCAUAGACGUCCUCGGUCGCGGGGCGAUGACCCUCAUAGUUACUCGAGGUUCAAGAAGGAAUUCUCCAGGGCCCAGUCCACCUCUGCCAUCCCCCAGUCUUCUUCUCGAAACGAGAGCAGGCGAACAUAUCAGCCGUCGCAGUUGAAGACGCCCAACUUGGGUUAUGCUCGAUCUCACUCGAUGUCUUCGAGCAGCUCAAAGGUGAUCACGCCAGAGGAUGUAAGGGAACCGAGGCCGGUGGUCAAAUUGGAACCGAGGAAUGAAAAGGACGAGGAGGUGAUUGGGGCAGCUGAAAUGCUCUUGUCUUUGUUUGGUGGGGCGCCUUAG